CUUACUCCAUGGAAACGAGCUCGCGGCCGGAGUUUUGUAUACACGCUUGGGGAGCCAACAGCUACGGGCAGCUGGGACAGGGAGACGCGGAGGACCAGUCCGAUCCCCGGCUCUCUGACACUGCUGCUCUACAAAACAAGGUAGUACGGGGUCUCAGCGGCGGCGGGGGUCACUCCGUGGUUAUCACCGAGAAUGGAGAGGUAUUUGUGUGCGGACAGAAUCACAGAGGCCAGCUGGGACUUGGUCACAAUACAGACAUCUCAACUCUUCAACUCUGUCCCAGCCUGAAUCAGAGGGUCACUAAAGUAGCCUGUGGCUGGGAUUUUACUCUUCUUCUCACUGAUUGUGGUCGAGUACUGGCAUGUGGCUCCAAUGCAUUUGGACAGCUUGGUGUUGGUCAGACAGUCACACACUGUGCAGAGCUACAGGCUGUGGAGAGUCUGAAGGAGCCAGUGGUGAGUGUAGCAGCAGGACUCAGACACUCACUAGCUGUAACUGACUCAUGCUGCGUAUAUCAGUGGGGAAGUGGUCUUUUCAGUCACGCGAGAAGAGCACUCAGUCCACACCCUGUCCCAUUGCACCUCAGCUCUGCGGUGCCCGCUCUGGUGCCAGGGCUGGAUCAGAAGGCCUCACACAUGGUAGCUGCAGGCGCAGUGCACUGCGUGUGCGUUACAGGAGAUGGCGAUUUGUUUGUGUGGGGAAGCAACAAGCACGGCCAGCUAACCACCACAGGGCCCUUCCUGUCCUCUCCCACUCUUGUGAAGCGCUCACUGCUGGGUGGAGAGAAAGUUCUCCAUGUGUGGAGCGGCUGGACACACGUUGUUGCUCAAACGGAGACUGGGAGAGUGUUCACAUGGGGCAGAGGAGAUUAUGGACAGCUGGGCCGACAAGCAUCAACCAGUCAGACCCCAGAGCAGCAGUCAGCGGGUCCCUUAGCAGAGGGUGGAAACCAGGAAGCUUGCCUCCCUGCAGACGUUAAAGCACUUCAUGGAGCGACUCAGAUUGCGUGUGGAUCUGAACAUAACCUUGCCAUUGUAGGGGGGUGUCUCCUCUCCUGGGGCUGGAACGAACAUGGAAUGUGUGGAGACGGUUCACAAACCGACGUCUUUCAGCCACAGCUGGUUCCUGGUCUCAGGCCUCUUCUCAUUGGCUGUGGAGCCGGACACUCUAUGGCAGUGUGCGCUACAACAACUGACUCAAGACAACACUGCACCAAUUAAGUAGCAUCGGAGCAGGAACAUUUAUUGAACAUGAGGCAGUCGGAGACUAGAAAAACUCACUUUGUGAGUUACAUGUUUCCGACUGAUAGUGGCUUAUUGGUGCUUUGCUAGGCCUACAUACUGCAUGAUUAUUUUAAGUGCCUUUUGAAUAUACAGUAACUUUCACCUACCAACAGGCUACCUGAGCUUGGAAAGGUCAGACUUCAAAUUGCAGUUGUCAUAAAUACUGCUGUGCGCUUGCACAAAGGCUGAGUUAUGUUCCAUGUGGACAGAGGCCAUCAUUUUUCUGACCAGCCCAUCACUUUGAUGGACAUGACAGGGGGGCCGUUGGCUUUGCAGGACAUGGCCAUGCCUAUGGCUCCUGGUCCACCUGCCAUGUUUGUCUUCCUGAAUGAAGCCGUUAUGGAUCAUGUGAGGGAUUGGCUAGGCUGGUGCUAUAGCUCUAUCUUCCCAUGUCAGCGGUUUUAUUGCGGUGAUCUUGAGUGUCAGAAGGCAGUCAAUCUCUGCACUUCGUGCUGAAAAUCUCUGUGAUUUACCACUUACACACACAGUACAGUAUUUUCUUUUUCUUUGGCAACUGUCCAUCACUUAUUUAUAAUCUUGCCAGUGUGCAUCUUUUUUGAUGUUCUGUUUGUCUCAUUUGCACCACUUUUAUACUGUAUCCUUCUUUAAUCCCUCUUGGGGAAAAUUUGUCCGCUGCGUUUGACCCAACUUACAUAUUUAUAAGCUGUGGGCGCCCGCAGUGCAGCAGCGGGAACCAGCUGCAGGUCUGAAGCCAGUGCAGCGGUCAAGGGCAAUGGCAGGAUUCAGAAAGGCUCAUGGAUCAUAUCUUUGCAAUGUAUUACAUUUUUAUUGAAAAUUAUUUAUUUCUUAUGUUUUUUGCAAAUUAAAUAUAUAGAAACCUCUGUGUCAUUUGAAUUAUGCAUGAGUUAAAUUAAUGUGCUUUUACCUUGUUUAGUUUGAAAAAAAUA